AUGAUGGCUACCCAAACUGUUUCCUUCAACGACGGACAGAUGCUGCUCCCCUCUGACAGGAACAUGGCUGACGUACAACCUUCCAACACUCUUCCUAGUGCCGACGGAAUGGCUUGCGCUUUGGGUUUAUUCUCAGCACCGGCGCCGUUGAACCCAGUUCUCGCUGAGUUCGGCAUCGCCGACGACCUAAACGCGCUGACAACCGUCACAGAGUACAAAUACGGCGCCUCGGAGGACUGCGACAUCGACUGCGACGAAAUCCAUUGUGCUUCGGGUUCCUUCUCAACAUGGGGGGCUUCUAUGGACGUAGUGACCACAGAGUUCAGCAUCACAGAGGACUUAAACACGCCGAUGUCCGUCAGAAAAUACGAAUACGACUCUUCAGAGGGCAGCGACGACGACUCCAAGAUGGAUUCGGAUGACGGAGAGGGCUGGGCUACAGUAAUGUCAGAGGAGGACACCGGCGGAGAGGAUGGGGGAUGGUUCACUGCAGUAUCGCACUUCAGCGACGCAGGCGACAUGGAGGUCUACGAGAUUGACGAAGGAUACUUCGCAAGACAGCAGACUUCCGUCCAACCACUCUUCCCUCUCACUCCCGUUCGAAGCUGGGGCCCGAGAGGAACCAUGUAG